AAAAAGUGUAUCUUGCUGGACGAGCAGUCAUUUGUAUAUUUUGGUAGCAGAGAGCAUUUGCUUCAAAUCAAUUUUAACUGAGUGUCAUCAUUUGAAUUUUUCAUGAAAAAAUGUUGUUAAUACGGCAAUUACAUUGUUUAAACUUGAAUGGAGCGAGAAAAUUUAGUGGAAGCGUACAUCAAAUAAUGAGCGCAGCCCGAUUUGGCACCAUUUUGCAGCCUGAGAUUCAUUUAAAUAACACAGCCCAAUUCAAAAUAAAUAGGCUAACGAAUAUAUCAAGUGCAAGCAGUCACAAUUCCAUUGGGAUUAGACAUUACUAUCAAAACUAUGAGCAUCAUCCAUGGAUGAUAGUACGUGCAUAUCGACAGACUCGUACAUGGCUAACGAAUCAUUUCUAUAUUGCUGACCGACGAUUCGAGAAUAUUUAUUCGUUUACGUUCUUAGUUACAUUUGGCUUGCUCGGCAUUUAUGUCGCUUAUCUGAAUUUACAACCCGGUGGUGAAGCCGGUGGAUACGAUGUCGACAGAACACAGAAAAACAAACCCGAUGACAAAUAAUUUGAAUGGUUUGGAGCGAAAAUGUAAUACAGAAAAGUUGCGCGGAAAAAUGUCGAUGAUGAAUGAGCGGAAAAGGGAUAGCUAUAUAGUAAACUGUAUAGUAAACUAUAGUGAACUAUAUAGCUAUCCCUUUUCAUUUUACAUUUUCGCUGCAACCAUUCAUUUGUAGAAAAAGUUGUAUCGAAAUCAUUUAAAUUCCCACAAGAGUGAAAAAUAAUAAUAAAACCAAGCUGAGAAAUUUUAAUUCAAUUCAUCUCGUUUGUAAUGUUUUCAUGUAGAAAAAUUCGAAUAUAGAGCACAUGUUGUGUGAAUGUGUGUAUAUUGUAUGCAUGUGUGUUGACAUUAUAUCAGGCACAUGAAAUGUCAAAUAUUUUGAAGGUUUCAUUAUUUCAUUCCUGUUGGUUUUUCGAUAUUGUUAUUAGCAGCGAAGGCACUAGGCAAUAAUGUUUCAAAUUACAUAAUUUUAACCAAACGCUUUUCAUGAGUUCGAUUUAGUGUUCAAUUGUUGGUAGUAGAAAUCUGUGAUUUGGCUAAUAGUGAUGAGAAUUAUGGCAAAUUUACGAAAAUGUUCAAACAACUAUGUGAAACAAGGUGUUUGUGCUAUUUUCGGUAGCACUUCAACUGCGUGUCAUGUGUGCGACCUCACAGAUGUGAGAAUGCAUCCACCGUUGCGAACAUUUUCAAGGACAAGCCAAUUGGCGAAAUCCAGAAACUUUUACGAUGACUUGGGAAUCCAAAAAACUGCCACUCAAUCAGAAAUUAAGAGUGCCUAUUACAAUUUAUCAAUGGUUUUGCAUCCGGACAAAAACAAGGGAAAUGAAGUAGCUUCGAAACGAUUCCGAAUAGUCUCCGAAGCGUAUGAGGUGCUGGGGAAUUUUCGCACCAGACGGAUGUAUGAUAAAGGCAUUGGAUCAUAUGGCCGAGCUUCACCCACAACUGAAAGUCCAGGCGUGGAAACGGAGAUAAUUCAUGAAGAAAUUGAAGACGAUGCACAAACCAAAUUUUAUAAACAACACAUGGUGAAAUCUCAGCCACCCGAAAUGUCUGACCGAAUGACGGCUCGUGAUUUUGACAAUUGGGCGUCCAAUAAAAUUACUCAAUCAUUUCAACACCAACAGUACAUCAAAAGAAUGGUGAAAAAUCGAGAAGAAGAUGAACGUCAAAUGACAACAAGAGGCGAGCAAUAUGGAUAUCUUAUAGUAAUUUGUACUUUAGUGAUCUGCAUGAAUAUCUACUACCAAUACGAGCACAAUCGACAACAUGAUGUGGUGUUGUCGAAAAAGGGUCGCGAGAAAAAUUCAUAAGACCAAUUUAUUGUUCAGAUAUUCGCAUAUCUAUAUAUGAUAUAAUUUAUUAUUGUAAAUUGUUUGUAUACAAGAUUAUUAGUAAAUGAAACAAAAAAGAAAUCGAAAAAAAUGAAAUUCAAAAGAAAAUAAUAUAAAAAGAAAUUUUUCCUUAGAAUUUAGCAUUUUAAUAAAUUUUAAAAACGUCCACUUCGUU